AUGGCUGAGGAGUUCGAACGUUUUAAGCGUUUCGAAUACAAGGAGAACAGUAACUUGGUCCUUCAGAGGGACCCGGGUGGAGGCAGUCAUCUGGCUAAUGAGCCUACUGGUGAGCCUGAGACUCUGCGAUAUCAUAAAAUGCACACUAUGGGCGAUAAAGUGUUGAAGACUAAGCCGAAGCCAGAGGCUGCUCUUGCUGCUAAGCGCCGGCAUGUGAAAGCCGUGACCGAGGCCGGAGGGGACAAGGGCCUCCAUAAACGUCGGAAGGGUAUUGAUAUCACCAAGGGGGAGACAGUGCUCACAGUCGAUGAGGCAGGGGAUAAUGUAUACAGGCCAAAGUCUCGGGCAUCAGAGAGGCCUUAUGAUGAGAUGCUAUCAGUCCUGUCUACAGUACUUGUUGGUGAGACUAGUACUGUCUUGAGGGAGGCGGCCCAUGAGAUACUCAUGGCUUUGAAGUCUGAUCAGAAGGACUCAUCUAAACAGAAGAACGUUGAAGAGGUGCUUCCCCCGCGAUCCUUGACCCCGGAGCUCUAUACUCAGCUCUUAAGGCUCUCCCAACAAAUCCAUGAUUUCGCAGUGGAUGACGAUGAAGAGGGGGUAGCUGAGGCGGGGGGGGAGGAUGUUGAUGCAGCUCUCCUGGCUGGUGCUGCGGCGGAUGAUCCGGCAGGUGUUGCUGUCACGUUUGACGAGGAUGAUGAGAAUGAUGGUGAUGCUGUGGUUUAG